AUGGAGGGUCUUAUCCCUUUGGUUUAUCGAACGCUGAAGAAGACCAAAACCCGCCGUCGGUAUGAGUGUCUCUCGUCCGGCGCAACUCAACCUUACAACAUUGCUGAUUUCUAUGUUCAGAGUCCGACUCCGGGUCAAACUCAUUUCUAUACGGAAUCGAAUAGUAAUCCGGUAUCCGAGGAGAACAUCGACCGUCAUGGUCACCGUCGGCGGAUGUCCACGGGAAAUAUCACUAUUACCGGCGGGUCUCGGACACCGACGGGGCCAAAACUUACGAGGUUUAAGAGUCACAGGAUGUUUUCAUGUGUGACCGGUUGA